CUAACCACCACCACACGAACUGCUCCUCACCUCACACCCCGCAGACUGCAGAGGCUAAACCCCCUCACAACCCCGCUGCCACUUGCCACCACUCCCCGCCGCCUUCCCGGACGUUGCGGAACCUUCCAGACCGUGGAGGGAUCGCCCUCGGCGCCGGCGAGGGCGAUGGAGGUCAGGGGGCUGGGGCAGCUCCUGGCGGCGCUGGCCGCGGCGCUCUUCGUCCGCGCCAUCGCCGGGCCCGGGCCCGCCCUCCUCCCGCCGGCGGAGGACACGGAGGGCGACGAGACCGACGCGGAGGCCGGCGAGGGAGGCGGCGGCGUGCCGCCCGUGACCAUCCGCUGGGCCCGCAUCACGUGCGCGCUGAAGAACAAGCGCGGGGAAGUGGCAAGGUUUCUGCUGUCAAAUGUGUCAGGGGAGGCAAAACCAGGGAGGCUGCUAGCGCUCAUGGGGCCAUCCGGGUCUGGCAAAACGACUCUGCUCAAUGUGCUAGCAGGGCAGCUCACAGCUUCGCCUUCCUUGCAUCUUUCGGGCUUUCUGUAUGUCAAUGGCCGGCCUAUCUCGAAGACUGGUUACAAGAUUGCUUUCGUGAGGCAGGAAGACCUGUUCUUCUCGCAGCUUACUGUGCGGGAGACGCUCUCGCUUGCUGCUGAACUCCAGCUUACUGACACGUGGGCUCCUGAGAGGAAGGAGCGCUAUGUAAAUGAUCUUUUGUUUCGUCUGGGAUUGGUCAAUUGUGCUGAUUCUAUUGUUGGUGAUGCGAAAGUUCGAGGUAUAAGUGGGGGUGAGAAGAAGCGCCUCUCACUAGCAUGUGAACUGAUUGCUAGUCCUUCAGUCAUCUUUGCAGAUGAGCCAACAACAGGUCUUGAUGCUUUCCAAGCAGAAAAGGUCAUGGAGACUCUUAGACAGCUUGCUGAGGAUGGGCACACUGUUAUCUGCUCUAUACAUCAGCCAAGAGGUUCAGUCUACGGCAAAUUUGAUGACAUUGUGCUACUUUCAGAGGGAGAAAUUGUAUACAUGGGGCCUGCAAAAGAAGAACCUCUAACGUACUUCGCAUCAUUAGGGUAUCAGUGUCCAGAUCAUAUGAACCCUGCUGAAUUCUUGGCUGAUCUCAUUUCCGUUGAUUAUGGCUCAGCUGAAAGCGUACAGUCAUCGCAGAAAAGGAUUGAGAACCUCAUUGAGGCCUUUUCUAAUAAAGCUCUGGCCACUGAAGGUAACGGUUCAAUUGCAAAACCAGAGGAAUCUGAAUUUUCUGCCAAAGCUGUUCAGAAGUCUAGUAUGAAGCAAAGGCGUGGUUGGUGGAGACAAUUUCGUUUGCUUUUUAAGCGAGCAUGGAUGCAGGCUUUUCGUGAUGGACCAACAAACAAAGUGAGAGCACGAAUGUCUGCUGCUUCAGCAGUUAUAUUUGGAUCAGUGUUCUGGCGAAUGGGGAAAUCUCAAACAUCCAUACAAGACCGGAUGGGACUACUUCAGGUGGCUGCCAUAAACACAGCAAUGGCUGCACUGACAAAGACUCUGGGAGUUUUCCCGAAAGAACGGACUAUAGUUGACAGAGAACGUGCAAAAGGUUCCUAUGCGCUUGGACCAUAUCUUUCAUCCAAGUUGUUGGCCGAGAUUCCCAUUGGAGCAGCAUUUCCGUUGAUAUUUGGAUCGAUUCUCUAUCCAAUGGCUAAACUACAUCCUACAUUUUCUAGAUUCGCCAAAUUCUGUGGUAUUGUGACUGUAGAGUCAUUUGCUGCAUCAGCAAUGGGUCUCACUGUUGGAGCAAUGGCUCCUACAACCGAAGCUGCAAUGGCUCUUGGGCCAUCCCUUAUGACUGUGUUUAUUGUAUUUGGAGGAUACUAUGUUAACCCUGACAAUACUCCAGUCAUAUUUCGUUGGAUCCCAAGAAUAUCACUCAUUAGAUGGGCCUUCCAAGGGCUUUGCAUCAAUGAGUUCAAGGGUCUGCAAUUUGAGCAACAACAUUCCUAUGAUAUUCAAACUGGUGAACAGGCCCUGGAGAGGUUUUCAUUAGGAGGGAUCCGAAUUGCAGACACGCUAGUUGCACAGGGCAGGAUUCUAAUGUUCUGGUACUGGUCAACCUACCUUCUUCUGAAGAAAAACAGACCAAAGUAUCAGCCACUCCUGCCCCCACUGGAAGAUGAUCAAAAUAAACAGCAGGUGGAAUAAGCAUUUCAUCAGAGACUUGUCCUCCAACAAAUAAAAUAAGAAGGAAGCUGCACCGUCCUGGCUUCUGCGCAGCAUCUGGCCGCGCGAGUAUCCCAGCAUUAUGGACGAAGCAAUAUACAAUCCGCCGCCCAGACGGGUUUUCUACGUUAACAGUUGAAGUCAGCUCAAUGAUGGGGUCUGGGGAGGCGGCAGCAGAGGCGUUGUUUCUGUUCAUGAUUGUCCGGGCCAUGCCGAUGCCGAAUAUACUAUGUCCAGAUCACCGUCCAUAGUACUAGCACUGGUAGUGGUACUAGUUUCUUAUGGUGUGAUCCCUCCACGCGUCAGCCUCCGGUUGGCUGGAGCGGGAACUAA